UGUCAUACUGUAAAAAAAGCCAAAGUUUUUACAUCAGAUCAAGUUUCAACUUUUUUAAAUACUGCUUCAGAUGAUGAGUUUCUUUUACACAAGGUUGCCCUGGUCAUCGGUUCACAUGGAUGUCUUCGCUGCAAAGAAUUGUUAAACAUAACAAUGGAAAAUGUGAAACAACAAGGUUUGUUGUUUAAAAUUUACAUACCUCCAGCAUCAACAAGAACAAAAGUAGCUGGUAAAUCAUUUGUUACGAGUGAAGAGGUGCACCCAAUACUUGAUAAGUAUAUCAAGCUACGCCCAGAAGGUAUGCAAAGAUUCUUGGUCCAGUAUCGCAAUAAGAAAUGUACUCGACAGAAUGUUGGUAAGCGUACGCUAACUGCUAUUCUCCAAGAUGUAGCAAAGUUUUUAAAUCUUCUUGAUAUCCAACUGUAUACUGGGCAUGGCUACAGGCGAACUUCUGCUACUUUUCUUGUUGACGAAGGAGCAGAUUUACUACAACUUAAGAGACAUGGUGGUUGGAAGAGUAGUACCGUAGCUGAGAGCUACAUUGAUGAGUCUGAUUUGAAUAAACAAAGAACCAGUAAAUUAAUAUCUUAUUCGAUAAACAUUCAAAGUCGAUUAAAAGCAGAGCCAAGUAAUGUUCUAUUGGAGAAAAAAAUCAACAACAGAAGUGUUUCAAAACAAAAUGUGAUGAAAUUAUCACAAGUUGAAAAAGAAGCUAUUGAUGUGAUUACUCAGGCUGAAUACGAAGAAGUAUUGUUUUCUGAUUUUGAGCCACCAAAGAAAAAAUUGAAGAAAAAAAACAUAGUCAUUGAAGAUAUGGAAAAUUUAUCACAAGAAAAACUAACAGAAAUUAUUACAACUGAUUUUUAUGAGAAGAAAGAAAAAAAAGAAAAACCUAUUUUUAUUUUCAAAAAAAGUAAUAUUACAAUCAACAAUUAAUCUCUAGUUUAACAAAUCUUAAAUUAAAAAUGUAUCCUUAUCUACGAUAGUGAAAUAUCUAUAUUAAUUUAAAAAUGUUAUGAUCUCGUUUUUAUGAUAUCUAUGUCACUAAAAUUUAAGUAC